ACUACGCUGUAUUACCUCAGGAAGAGGACUUCUGUCGCCUGUUCGAAGUCGCACCUCAGUCAGAGUGCUAGGAACCGAGUUCAGGAAUAGUCGUAUUCUGCGUUUUGUCCGUGUUGUUUCUGGUUGUUUGAAGAAAGUUCUACUACUGUCACUGUGUCCCGAUUGGCGUGUGUAUUCUUCAGUGGAUCCAGUCUGGAGUUGCAUCAGUUGAUGAGACGGCAGUCACGUUUUUACGAUUGACGGUCACAGCAUAGAGGGAAAAGUCAAGGAAUUGGCAGCAGCGUGAGCGAUCGCCAAGCAUUAGGUCUAGGCAGCGCGAUAUUGGCAGAAUUAUCCAGUGCAUGUGUGUGAGCAGUUGUUCUCUCUGAUACCUACUUGUGUACGGAGGUGGCCCCAGUUGUGUAGUUUGGGAGUUUCGCUUUCAAGUCUCGUGGUUUUUUAUUUCCCCCAAGUGGGUUGGAAAGUUUGUUGCUGGCGAGGAAAAUAAAGGCCCCGUUUUGUAAAACGUGAAAAGUGUGACUAGAAUUUCUGGGAAAUUAUUGAUCGAGGAAAAGGCUUAGUGGAGGAAACGAGUGUAUCCAAGGCGAAUCAGCCCAGUGUGGAGGCGAAGUUGCUACGAGAAAUAAAGCAUUUAACCCGAAAAGUGGGGUGAUUUCUUUAAUUCUCUCAGAAAUUGAAGAACGCGGUGAGUGUGAGCUUGUGUGUUUGCCAGAUCCGCUGUGUAGCAGUCAACGUGUGGAUACGCUAUAGUUAUUUGUGUGCUGAAGAGUGUUUUGCCGAGUUGCUGUUUGGGCCAAAUCGAAGAGCAAAGGUUGUGUAAUUUUUUCGAUACCAGACACCGACCGAAAAGUGCAGUGACAGUUUACACCCCAACUGGGUUGUGUACCAAUAGUUAAUUCUUCUCAACGAACAACAGUAAACAAAUCGAAGAUGCCCCAAUCGGACGGGGGUUACGUGUCGCUUACGGGCGGUCCCCAGUCGGUGUACAACUCAACGACCGAGCCCCAGUCGGCGUCCAAGUCGGUCAUGGAAACGGUCAAGCGGGUCAUCGGAUCGGCCAUCGGGGCCCAGGAUAAGCACGCCCUGAUCGAACGGGACGGGGCCCAGCCGUACAUCAUCAGCAGCAGGGACCGCGACAAGACCGGCAAAGCGGCCAACACCAGAAUGCCAUCCGCUCCAGCCCACACUGCCGAGGAAGCCCGCCUGUUGGGAACCAUGCCCGUGGACCCAAUGGACGACAUCGAGCUUCGCUCCGUUCAGCUGCAGUACCCGAACCAGCGGGGCUCGAUCGUGGGCCAGUGCGACCUGCGACGAGUACCCACGGACAAAGGCGACAUUCUGGUCGCCGUUCAGGGCGAUACAACGAAACCAGGCAUCGUUACCUACCACGAUCUGGGACUGAACUAUGCAUCGAGUUUUGCUGGAUUUUUCAACUUCCCAUCAAUGCGUGCCCUGCUGGAUAACUUCUGUGUCUACCACGUGAACGCCCCCGGACAGGAAGAGGGAGCACCCACCUUCCCGGAAGAUUACGUGUACCCGACGUUCGAUGAGCUCGCCUCUCAGCUGCUGUUCGUGUUGUCACACUUCAACCUGAAGACGAUGAUCGGAUUGGGCGUUGGAGCUGGAGCCAACAUUUUGGCACGGUUUGCCCUGGCGCACCCGGAUAAGGUCGGAGCUCUAUGCCUAAUCAACUGCAGUUCCACGGCUGCCGGCUGGAUCGAGUGGGGCUACCAGCUGCUCAACUCCCGCAAUCUCCGCACCAAGGGUAUGACGCAAAGCGUGAUGGACUACCUGAUGUGGCACCACUUUGGACGGAAUCCGGAGGAGCGAAAUCUGGAUCUGGUGCAGCUGUACAAAUCCAACUUUGAGCGCUCGAUAAAUCCCGUCAACCUGGCCAUGUUCAUCGAUUCGUACAUCAAGCGUACCGAUCUCAACAUUGCCCGAACACCGUCGGGUACGCCACAGACAGCUGCAUCAUUGAAAAUGCCAGUACUGAACAUUACCGGAGCACUUUCGCCACACAUCGACGAUACCGUCACUUUCAACGGAAGGCUAGCGCCCGAAAAGACCAACUGGAUGAAGAUAUCCGACUGCGGUCUGGUGUUGGAGGAGCAACCCGGCAAGCUGGCCGAGGCGUUCCGAUUGUUCCUGCAGGGUGAAGGCUACGCACCAACAUUUUCACCGCAUGCAAUAAACCAUACUACAACAACUAACUACAACAUCAACAACAACAACAACGUCAACAACGACAACAACAAUGAAGAGUUCGACAAGCUGAAUGGAAACAACAAUGGUGGAGGAGGUGGCGGUGGUGCGUCAUCGGCGGCCGGCGAGAACAACAAUCUGCCCGUAAGUGCGACGACCGGUGCCGCGAUCCGGAUAACCGAGAACCCACUGCCGGAGAAUGUGGCAUGCUAGAAACGAUACAUAUCGGGCCUGGCGGGGGGCGGUGGCGGCCACGGUCCAACCAGACCGAGUAGGGUAUCCGGUUACGGGACGGGCCGGUCGUCGUUGCUCCUGGCGGGCAGCAAAUGUGACCACGGGGAAGGUAGUGGCGACGGGGGGGACGUAUUCGAAGAAGUGUGGACGAACCGUCGCUAUAGGGUAGAAAAAGUACUGUUGAAUGCUAUAUUUUCUAUACAGAUUUAGGGCCGAGGGGCGGAGCAAGCCUGCCGGUUAGAAGCUUAUCAAAUUCACACAUAUUGCUGCUGAAGACACUAACCCGUAUGACAUUCAGGUGGUGCUGAAUAGGAAGAAGAGUAUUUGUUCUUACGGGAGAAAGAAGAAGUCUUAAAAUCGAAAACUUGCCUAAAACUGUUCAUAUUACAACAAACGGAUUCUGACACUACUAAGUUCUGUUCUACUAGCCUAAUUGAAUUCAUGACGAACAGUAGUAUGAUGUGAUAGUUUCCACUACUCUCCAGAAGGGUGCACACGUGGCACUGCUCGAAUCACAGCAAUGGCAUCGAAUCGAUACUCUUUCUUCCUAUUCAAAUCCAUUUCGUCAUUAUUAGAGUUGCUUAAAUUUUUCUGAUCAAUAUCAAGAUUAUAAUAAUUGCAUUUGUUAAUCUUAUACAUAAACCAUAAGGGGAAUUUUGUUCAUUCAAAAUGAAUUUCAAGCAGCAAUAAUUGAAAACCAAAUGUAAUAUAUUGUAGAAAUAAAUUCAAAUCAAACAAGCUAAUCGCCGAAAUGGAUGGUACCAAAGAAGACAAGGGAAUCAAAAACGAACAAAACAUGGAAUGUAAACAGAUGGUAACGAAAAGAUUGUUGGCUUUGACUGAUUGUUUAAAAUAUCAUUAUUUAAAAAUUGGCGAUCACGCUGAAAAGAAAUUCUACGAAAGAAAGUGGUUAUAAACUAAUGUUUCUGUGAAGCAAGAUGCAUAUCUUAAUCCUAAAUGAUAAACACAAUGGAAAUCAUUACAUUCAACAACACUUUACGCGAGAAAGUAAGCGUCGUCGAUGACGGAAUAAAGGUUGCCCAUCACAAUGCAAAUUGCUUGAAUCAAACAAACACCCUUCCUCCCACACUUUGGAAACAACUAUGAGUUGAGAAUAAGUACUUAAGUCACCCUAUGAAAAGCUCUAAAAACCAAAUAAUCACUACACAAAAACACAAGCCAUUAAACUAACGAUUAAGCACCUGUUGUUUUUGAAUCACACAAACACUUACACACAUGAAAACGAACACCAGAAGGCCCUUAGCUGAGACGAAAAAAUAAAUUGAUUAAACCCCCAAAGUUAGUGACCAGAAAUCGAAAAUUGUUCAAUUACAACAACAACAACCAAUAAGUGUCCACACAGUGAUUUACGAUAACCGUUUAAGCAUUCGUUUUUUGUGUCCACUGAUCAAACUGCCAUACACUGUUUAUCGAAAAAAUAAAUAAAAGUAAAAAUAUGUAUGAAACUAUCGAAAAACAAAACCCUUUGUGAAAGCUCCCGCUUGGAUUUAGUUAAGAAUAUUUCUAUUAUUAUAGUCCCCCGUUAUGAAAUAAAUCCGUGAACAGAAAAAAAAUCGCCUAAUAAGGUUUCUGCACGAGCGAAAAGUGAUUUGCAUUGAGAAAAUUAUAAAACACAACACAAAUACUAACAAACAUACACUUAUACACACAGUAAACAAAAAGGAGCGACAAAGAAGACCACAGACAACAGAAAGCGAAAAAGUAACAUGGGAACCACGAAAAGAGCUGAACCAAGAGAGAAAAAAAACAAUGUUGUUGACUAUAGUUAGUGCGUUGAGUAUAAGUAACAAAUUUGACUAGUAAUUGUGCAGAACAAGUAGAGUGGAAAGCAUCGACGGUGAUGAUGAUGAUGUUGACGAGGAAAAAAAAGCUAUGCAAUGCUUGUACUGCUUUUGAAUAGGGUUAGAAUUUAAGAAUUUCAAAUCAAAACAAAAAAAAAACGGAAACAACACGGAAAAUGUGAACUGUGAAGGGAAUAAUCGCGCUGUGGUCAGGAAGAUAAGAAUCGAGGUAAGAUAUAGGGUGAGGUUGGGCAGGAUGCCGUUUUGUUCAAAUUUUCUCAAUUUUCAACGAUAAACCACAGAGAAACAGACGACACACACUACUUGCCCUCUAUCGAUUGCCUUUUUUACGAUUGAUUUAAAUAUUUGGUGGUUUGUCGAUUUGCCACUCACGGUAAACCCGUCGUUUUUGCUCCGACACAAUGUUUGAGUAUGUCUCCGACAGAAUCCGAAUUUGGCGCGAAAGUGACCGGCAAGAGCAAGUGUGUAGGAGGUAAAACAAAACCCAAUAUAAGUGAACCGAUAGAUUUGAAUAGUGCGCCAACGAUCGAACUCAAUCACUGAAUGGAUGACUUGCGACUAUGUCCAACACAUAUUAACUCACGAUUGAACGGAGUGAUUAUCUAUCCUUCGAAAAAGGCUCAACACAUGUAGCCGAAGCGUCAGGUGUAGAACAUGAAUCCGUUUAUAAUUACGCGAAGACUGGAAGCUGAAAAAACUCCGUAACAUAACCAUAAUCACAGUCGAUCCCCAUACAUCGUUAUUCAAACAUAUUGUUUGUUUGAUGAGUUGGACCGGUGAUGUCACAACGAUGGCACAAAUGUGUCGGUGCAUCUCUCUUCGUUUUUGACAACAUUCGUAUGGAGAGAAGGAGAAAACAACCCAGUGCUGAGUAAAAACUAAAAGCUGUUCAACCAAACUGGAGUUUUUAAAACUCAAUCGUUGGGUUUAAAUAUUUUUCAGUGUAUGUGGAUCAUGGUGAGCUGUUGAGCUGCGAAGGCGAUCCAAAGGUAGGAAGCACAAAUUUGACAGCUGGAGCUGACAGGCGUCAGCAUGGAUGCCAGAUCAAUUUUCGAAAUAUCUGAAUAAUUUGGGAAGCUAUGUGGAGAACAGGGAUGGGAACACUCACUUGCGAAGAGUUACACUCACUUGCUGUUUUCUCAGCUCAGAAACGUGCAAUCAAGAAAUGAUGUAUGGACGACCUUUGUCUUUUGGUUUUGUCUAAAAAUAUGCCGAACAAAGUAUGGGUCGCACACGCAUAUCGAAGGCGUGAGAGAGCUGCGAAGGCAACUCUCCACGAGGCGAGUGUAAAUUACACUCACCUCGUGUAGAGUCGCUUCCACAGCUCUGUCACGAUUUGGCUAUGGGUUUGCUACUCUAUUCGACCAACUUUUAGACAAAACCACAAGCCAAAAGUCGUCGAUACAUCGUUUCUUGAUUGCACGCUUCUGAGCUGAGAAAACAGCAAGUGAGUGUAACUCUUCGCAAGUGAGUGUUCCCAUCCCUGGUGGAGAAGUAUGAACAAUGUGAAAAACAAAUUCCGUGCUAAACCUAAAUCAGGCAAAACCCAACAAAUUUCAGAAAAAAAUUGUGUGAAUCAUCAAAAUUUUUGUAAAUCCGGAAGGUUUGCAAUGCUGGGUGCCAGGGCUCUUGUCCUGCUGGUGAUUUUUAAGAGUGAAAAUUGAUCGAAGAUCGAUUACAGGAUUGCCAUCGACAUCGGGAUGCAGCCGGCAUAAUUCUGCAGGAGGAUCCAUAGCGAGAAAAAUCUAGCGGAUGCCCGAAUGAAACUGCAAAGGAAUUCCGGAAAGAAAUUGCUGCAGAAUUUUUCGGAAGGAAUUGUCGCAGAAUUUCGUAGUACCUAGGGAUUGCUGAAUAUUCUUCAGAAGGAAUUGCUUAAAGAUUAUUCAACAUAUUGCAACAGGAUUUCGCGAAAGCAAAUAGGCGGUAGAUAUCGACUUUCGUGUGGAACUGCUGAAGGAUUGCUAGGAUAACUUCAGCAGAUUACGUCUUUCCUUAUUGAUUCCUAGGGUUGAUGGUCAGGAAUGAUGGACGAUUCUUUGUAAUGGAAAAAUACCAAACCAGAAAUCCUUGAAAAGGUCUUUGGCAAUUCCCCAGAACAGUUCUUGAUGAAAUACCAGGAGUAAUUCCGGAAGCCUCGGAAGCCUCUGGAAGCCUCGGAAGCCUCCGGAAUCCUGGAGCCUCGCAGCCGUGCGGUUAGGGUCAUCAAGCCUGCUAAUCACACCAUACUGUGGGGUGAGGGUUCGAUUCCGGCUCUGGGUGAUGAAAAUUUUCGUAAGAAUAGUUUCUUCUCCGUAUCCACUGGUGCAUGCUCCGUGUGUCCGUUGUCUGUUCAGUCUGUACAGCCUGAGGCUGAAGACGGUGUCCGUGUCUUUUUUUAAUUCCGGAAGAUAUCACUGGAGGACUACUGGAGAAAUCCCUGGAAAAAAAACCCAUAGAGUAAUCCCAGGAGAAAUCUCCGCUGGAACAUUUGUAGAAAUUUACAGAAGAAUUCCUGGAACAUCUAAGCAGCAAUGUUCGGAGGGGUGUCUAGAGAAUUUCCAAGGAUUUCUGGAGAAGUCUGGUGGAAUUCCAGGUAAAGUUCCUCGAGAACUCUUCAGAAGAAUCCCCGGAUAAACAAUCCCCACUAGAGCUCCUGGAGAAAUUCUCGGAAGAAUUCCAGCGACAAAUUCUGUAAUAAUCCUUAGAGGAUUUAUCUAAACAUUUCUUGGGGAAUAUCCAAGAGGAAUUCCAGCAAUUUCUUGAGGCAUUUCUUGAGAAAUUUCAAAAGAUAUUUAUAGAAGAAUCACAAAGGACAACUCUGAAAAGAAGAGACACAUUUUACAUCUUCCAUUUUGUCUGCAAUUCAAACAUGAAAGAUAGUGCAUAUCAAAAGUAGCAAACUUGGGCUGGGCUCAUAAUAUUUUUAAGAAAUUGCAACGUUUGGGGCCCUCAUGAAAGUCCGGAUACCUAGCAGAAAUUCGGAAAAGACGAUGACAGUUUUAAAAAAGUGUCUACUCCAAAAGAAAUUUAGGUAUUCCGAUGGGUGUUUGUGAAUUCUUAAGGAAGUCUUGUGGUUCGAAGAACUCUUUCAAGGAUUCGGAUUUUUUUUUUUCGAGAAUUAGUGGGCUGGCUUGGAUAUUUUGAUAAAUUUCCUACCGAAAUCUCUCUUGGAAUUUCACUAGACCUCGUGGUAGACUACUUUAAGGAGUUUAUCUGUGAUACUCUUCACAAAACUCUUCCUGACAUUUCUCAGAGGACUCCUCCCAGGCAUUUUUGGGAUUCUUUUUGGGAUUCAGUUCAAAAUUCUGUACGGCAAUCCUUCUAGUAAUCCACUAGGGAUUUCUCUAGGUAGAUUUCUUCCCAGAACUUUUCCGAAAUUCGUUUUUUAUUUAUUUUAAGAAUUUCUCCAAUAACUGUGCAAACACUUGCAAAACACAUUGUUGCGAAAUCCAUAACAGUAUUCUUCAAAAAAAAAAUCUCCCUGCAAGAUUUUUCUUGAAUAUCACCGAACUUGAGCUUAAGCUUGGUUGACCAAUCGUAGGUGCUGAUCAAUACUGAAACUCCAGAUCUGCUGGGUUCUGUGGGUCCUUCUGGAAUACCGGCACAAUUUCACUCUGAUGCCUUUCUAGCUUGGAACUCCUUUCCAAUCCAGCCUGGAAUUUCUACAUUGUUUCCUAACAUAAUUUUGUCAGCAUUCUGUAGGGCAAACAUGCGAAGAUGUUCCAUUUGAAAUCCCGAUAAGUUGUCCCUAUUUAUUUUUGAAGAAAUUCCGGAGGUGAAUCUUGAUAAAAAUAUUUCAAAUCCUAAGAAAAAAUCCCUGUGAGAAAUCCCGGAAGAAACUACGUUCAAUUUCCUGUGGGAGACUCAGGUAGAAGUCCGAAAACUCUUCGAAAAAUUGUGUGAUAAAUUAUUCGAGAUAUCUGAAGUCAAAAUCCUGAUGGAAUGAGCUCUAGUAAAAAUCUUGUAAGGGACGUUUCUAAAAAUCUAGGGAAACCUCGAAAAGUGAUGCAAGAGAAAACGAAAGAAAUUUUAUGGAUAACUCCAGUAGAUCUCCAGUAGAAACCCGGGAAAACUUAGGCAUGUAAAAGUUAGAGAAACUUAAGCGAUUUGUAAUUGUUGAAUAGUGAUUUGCUCCACAAAUUUCUGAGCAUUGAGCAUAAAUUAAAACAGGUUUGUUUGUUUAAAAGUAAGUCUGGUCCGGGUUAAGCAUUAAUUUUAAUUGUAGCUGUAAUGCUGAGAUUUCUAUAAAAAAUCCAGGCAAACUCAGGAAAUUAGUAUGAAAUUCCUACACUUUUCAAAAGAUUCCAGCGGUACGGAUAUAAACUUCGGUAUUUCUGUUGAUACUUGUGAAGCAUGGAGGAUAUCUGAGAUCCUAACAACUAACUCUUGGGAACUUCCCAGAUUUUUACUGAAAUCAACAUUGAAUUUUUUCCCGGAAGAUUCUGGAUUUUUUCCCUAAAGUCUCUCUAGGGAUUUUCUCAUUUUUUUUGUUUUUGUUUUUUUUGUAAACAUUUAUAAAAACGUCAUUGCUUUUUUAGUAUUAAGGCAAAUCCUAAGUAAAUUCCAUUGAAAAUCUCCAGACCUACUCUGUUGCAAAGAAUUUCAUAGGUAUAAUCUUAAAAGAAACUCAAAAUAAAUCGCGAGCGGAAUUCUGAGAGCAUUCGGAGCUAUGGGCAAAAUGCUUCCGGGAAUUUCGAAAAAAGUCCCUUGAGAAACUGGAGAAAUCCCGGAAGACAAUUCUGAAGUAAUCUCCAGAGUGCAAACGUUUCACGAAAACCUAUAAAUGGGAGAAACCUGUAAAUCAUGUGAAGCAAAUUUUUGUAAAGAAUACCAGAACAAACAACUGGAUAAAUCUCUGAAGGAGCUCCAGAAAUCCUUGAAAGAACUGUGGAGUAAAUCGCGAAGGAAUGGAAAAAGUUAUGACAAUAACACGACGUAAAUUCCCUGGGAAAUUCCUGUGAAAAUCCACAUAAAUCUCCGGUAAAUCCUAGGAGGAGCUUUGGUAGAAAUCCUGAACCAGGUCUGAAACAGAUAAACUGUUACUGGUUCGGGGUCAAAUUCUCUAGAACGGACUAAACUUGUUUUAUCCGUAGUAAAGCAGUGAUAUGAAAUACCAUAGGUGGAGUACGAAAAGUUGAUGUUUUGCAUACACUAGAUAUGGGGACGACAGUUAAUAAGUAGCUGAGAGAAAGAUUUUCAAACAGGGUCAAAGAAGCUGCAUCUGAUUUGAAGCCAAGGGCGUUAUCAAAAGAUUCAAAACAAAUCCUAUGUGGAACGAAAAUCUGAAGAAAAUUAAUUAAAUUUGAAUAUUUGACGGCAAAUUAACUUCAACGCCAUUUCACUUCAAUUCGUACCAUCCUAUACCGAAGCGCAACUCAAAAGAUGUGAACAAAGGGAAGUGUUUAAUAUCAGUGUGUUAAGAAGGCUUUGUGACAAACCUUGCGACGAAAAAACAAAACUGACUCUAGAGGACAAAUGAAAUGGAUCAGAACAGACUCGAGAAAAAAAAUACUAAAUAGGCAGAGUAUCCACUCAAUAAAAUGAUAAAACCUCCGUAGACUUAGCAUGUUUAUAACGGCAUUACAGAAACAUACUAACUAUAGAGAGACUACCAGUAUUUGAAUAGCGUAAACGCCCCCGUUACCCAAAAAGUAGUGAAACCGAUAUUGUUCUACCCGUUAGAAGCUUUCCGUUUUUUGGCUGGAAACGUCAUCUCGAAGCAACAAGAUGGCACUUCUAGCUAAAACGGAAAGAUGUUCUUUCAUUCUCUUCGAUGAAUGUAAACCUUUUGCCGUAGUGGUGCGUACGACGCGACGCUAAGCCAGCCCUGUAGAUACAAUCCAAUCACUAACUUAGCUUAGGCGCUUCCGGUAGCUUCUUUUUUCGCCCGUAAACUAUGCUAUAGAGAGGAUUAUUUGUCAGACUCUUUGAACUGCUAGACGAGUUUCAACCAAAUGAGGAUUUACAAAAAGCCUACAACUAAAGUUACUAGAAUGGAUUCACCCCCUCUAUAUUUUAUUUCCGCGCGAGAGCGCUUAGCGUUGCUACUUAGCAGUUGACUAAACACAGUCAGUGACAGUUUUGCUCCUCUUUUACAGAAAAUGUACUAGUUCGUUCAGACGGUUUAAUGUGCAUUAGAAUCAGUUGAGAGUACCGCAGUCUAUGAAGUCUAGAUGAGAAGGAUGUAUUUCAGAGGUGUGAAAUGCUCCGUAAUUGAAAGAAGAAGUUUCCAUAGUUGGGAUUUUCCCGUAAAUGUGAUAAAUACAACUGCGGUUCAGAUAGAUCCUUUGAUUUGAUAUGGACUUGACAGUAACAAUGGACGCAAAAGUAAGUAACAAGAUGCAUACAUUUAAUUUUUCACUUGAGUGCCUGAUCGUUAACGAUAAAUUUCAAAGAGGAAAUCUGACACUAAAGAUUAUGAACAGCAACAGUCGAAGAAAGUAGAUGUUUUCAAGCCCACUAUUUUCGAAUAUUGUUUUUGCAGAUGCGACGAUUCUUACCUAAAUUCAGAGUUAAUAUUUAAGGCUAGUUAUAUUUUAUGAACCAUUUUCUAUCAAUGCCAAGAAAUGAACGCUGCUAAGAAAAAGCUGAAAUAAUUUUAUGAUUGUAACCAUAGGUUGCUGCACAAGUUCACAAGCAGUUGAAGACAUAAAAGACGAGAAGAUAAAGACCGAAAAAACGACUUAAAACGGUUGAAAAUGGGGAAAUAAUAAAGCAAAUAGAAAUUACUACAAACAGAAAAAAAAACAUCGCAUGAUAAAACACAGAACUCUUUCCGAAGCGCAACUGAGAUAGAAAAUAAACAAAAUGCAAAGCAAACACGCUCGAGCUCUGUCACAAUAAGUAAAAAAAAACCUAUAAUUACAGUAAAAGUGAAAACAGGAAAACCAAUGAAACCUAACAUUCAAGAAAACAAACAAGAAAAUCAUACAAAACACAUAUGCUAUGCAAAAAGCGAAAUAAAAAAAAACAAUAGAUCAACAGAAAAUGGACGAAAUUUUUGUUUAACAUUUUUACUUUCGAGCAUUGCAUUCCGGUAACGACAUCCAACAAACAAUAACGAUAAACAAUAAAAGGUACAUAUUGAAUCAA